AUGAAUAUAAAAAUAAUUUAUCAUCAUGCCCUCCAGUUGGUGUUCAAUGAAUCAACAGGUGUUCAUUCUCUUAAAAAUUAUGAAAAUGAUAAAGAGACAAAAUUGGCACACGGAGAACAACUAUUGAGUGACCAGAUCCGGUUAAUACUCAAACAUUAUCAACAACCAGAUCCUAUCGGACUUCCAAAUGUUCCUAUACCUGAUCCAAUGACUGUACCAGAUUUAAAGCAUUCAUUUUCAAUGCUUACUAUAAAUUUGAAAUCUGUAACAGUCCAUGGACUCUCUAAAUUUCGGAUUAUACGUGCAGAAUCUGAAAUAGCUUUAAUGCAAGUUUUAGUUGCUUUGAAUAUCGAAAAUAUUGAUAUUCGAGGGUUGUACACACUCAGCAAUUCUUUUUCAUCGUGGCUAGGAGAAUCAUCUGGGAAUUUCACUGUUAAAUUAAGCGGAGUUGAUGUUCAAGGGGUUGCAAAGCUUGAAGUUGCUUCAAAUGGAAAGCUUCGUGCUCAAGAUAUUGAUAUGGACUUAACAUUUGAAAAGAUCGACAUGGAUUUUAAGAAUCUUGGGUUCUUGGAAUCAGUGUUUCAAGGUGCUAUGAAUUCUCUGGGAUCAUUUAUUUUCGAUAGCAUCAAACCAUUUAUUCUUAAUGAAGUUAAUACAAAUAUCAGAGGUGAAGUGAAUAAAAAAAUAUCUAAAUUACCGCAUUACUUUCCAAACUCAAUUUCCCCCUUUGACAUGGCAAUAGCGGAGGCACGCAAGCAAGUUUCCGAUUUGGGAUAUGAUCCUUACAAACUCAAAGAUUAUUCUCAAAGUGCUGGAUUAAUCACCGUUGUUUCAAGUCACACUUGGCUAACAGGUCUUGCUAGCUUUUAUCGGAUGGGUAACAUCACUCUAACUAUGGAAAAUGGCACGGUUCAUGCAGUGAUAGACGUCGGUACACAAGCGAUUGAUGGCAGAACACAUUGGGAAGUGGGUCUGAUUAAUGGUUUUCUAUCUAGGGCUGGAACAAUCUCGUUUACAGUUCAGUAUUUACGAAUGCAAAUGAAAUUAAUUCAGCCGGUAGACACCCGAAAACGUGCAUCUCUAGGAGAGCUUAAUUUUGAGCUUGGUAAUAUUCAGACGAGAAUACACGGUGCGGGUACACUGGAUUAUAUUAUAGAAGCGGGAGUUAACAUAUUACCAAAUUUAUUACGGUAUCAAAUAAUGGACGCAAUCGAAGGACCUAUGAAGAAUCGAAUUCAAGAAGAAAUUAAUAAGAUAGAUGUAGAAAAACUGAUUAGUGAAAAUAUCCCGAUUGUUGAAAAACAAGUACUCAUUAAAGGAAUUAAGCUGUCUGAAGCUGUAAUUCUUGCAGAAAUUGUGCCACCCCUGCCUGAAGAGGAAAACUUGAAAAUUGUUGAUAGUGAAGAGUCAUCUUUUUCAUAA